CACCCACUUGAAGUCUUGACAAAUAACUAUAUUUAACUAUACGGUUACAAACUACGCACCAAAAUGGAGUUUGCUAUGGUCGGAGCAGAUAGUAGCGGGUGCAACCCUCACUUGCCGUAUGGAUAUGCCCAAGCUCGAGCCAGGGAGAGAGAGCGCGAAAGAGAAAGACAGUCACGCGCGGCGGCAGUAGCAGCUGCAGCGUCCGAGACCGGGACGGCUGGAGAUGGAGGUAGCGGUGGCGGUGGUGUAGGUAGUUCGUGCACCCACCCCUACGGUCAGCCAUAUCAGACUCGCACCGCCUCCUCUACUAAUGCCAACCAUGGAAGCGGAGGGACUGCCUCGCGCUCCUCCUCCUCCACUCAGCAGGCGCAACAGCAGUACGAGCCACAGCAGCAACUUCUGAGAGAGCGCAAAAAGCAGAGAGGAGUCGCGCGCUGGAGGCGGCACCGCGCGGCUCUCGGAGGGGACCUGCGCCACUCUGAGUUGGCGCUUCUCGGAUCCGAGGAGGACGUUAUGAUAGAAGAGGACGAAGAGGCCGAGGGCGACGAAGAAGACGAAGACGGGGGGAGCAGAGCAUCGAGUUUUAUCUAUAACAUGGACGACGAAGAUACAGCGUCCCUCACGGACAGACGUCCACAGUCCGGAUACGAGAACGUUUACAGCGAGUACGGCUGCUGCGAGAGAGUGGUGAUAAACGUGUCCGGUCUGAAGUUUGAAACUCAGCUCAAGACUCUUGCCCAGUUUCCCGACACACUCUUAGGGGACCCUGCAAAACGGAUCAGGUACUUCGACCCGCUGCGCAACGAGUACUUUUUUGACAGAAAUCGACCUAGUUUCGACGCCAUUCUGUAUUUCUAUCAGUCAGGAGGACGGUUAAAGAGACCGGCCAAUGUACCGUUUGACAUCUUUUCCGAGGAAGUCAAAUUCUACGAACUUGGCGAUGAAGCCAUGAUGAAGUUCCGCGAGGACGAGGGCUUCGUAAAAGAGGCAGAAAAACCUUUGCCAGAGGAUGAAUUUAAGCGGCAGAUUUGGCUCUUGUUUGAGUAUCCAGAGAGCUCAAGUCCUGCUAGAGGCAUCGCCGUUGUGUCUGUUUUGGUUAUCGUCAUAUCAAUAGUUAUAUUUUGUUUGGAAACGUUACCAGAAUUCAGGGACGACAAAGAUUUCCUUAGCCCAGGUAAAAACGUGACGCAUACAGACAACGGAUUUACACCCUUCAACGACCCGUUUUUCAUUGUGGAGACCGUAUGCAUUAUCUGGUUCUCAUUUGAGAUCAUUGUGCGCUUUUUUGCCAGUCCGAGCAAAGCCUCUUUCUUCAAAAACAUAAUGAACUCUAUAGACAUUGUCUCCAUUAUGCCUUAUUUCAUAACUCUGGGCACGGACCUCGCGCAGCAGCAAGGAAACGGGCAGCAGGCCAUGAGUUUUGCCAUCUUGAGAAUAAUCAGACUGGUCAGGGUUUUCCGCAUCUUCAAGCUCUCCCGACACUCCAAAGGACUCCAAAUUCUCGGGCACACCUUGCGCGCGAGCAUGCGCGAGCUAGCGUUGCUCAUUUUCUUCCUCGUUAUUGGGGUGGUGCUCUUCUCUAGCGCCGUGUACUUCGCUGAGGCGGAUGAGCCCAAGUCACAGUUCACGAGCAUCCCGGACGCUUUCUGGUGGGCCGUAGUUACUAUGACGACUGUAGGCUAUGGUGACAUGAAGCCCAUAACAGUCGGAGGGAAGAUAGUGGGCUCGCUGUGUGCCAUCGCAGGCGUCCUCACCAUCGCUCUCCCGGUGCCCGUCAUCGUCUCCAACUUUAAUUACUUCUACCACCGGGAGACUGAUAAUGAGGACCAGUCUCCUGCCGUUGAAUACCCGCCCCCGGGAUGCCCGUAUUUCCCGGAUUUCCUGAAAAAGUUCAAAGGAUCUCCGUCCGGAUCCUCUCUUGGCGACAAAGCUGCCGAGUACAUGGAAAUGGAAGAAGGCGUCACGGAGUCACUUUGCGGCAUAGACAAACAGAGCCCGAGUAGAGGGAACGGCACGGACAUUAGCAGGAGAAACAGCACACAUUCAAGAAGCAUACAGACAGAUGUAUGAUUAAAAUGAUCAAACUGAUGACUUUCUAUGGAGGGUUUGGUGAAGAUGAUUGCACAAUUCACUUAUCAGCACACAUGCACGCCCAAGUGCGCAAGUUGCGAGCUUGGACGCACACCCCCACACAAACGCGCGUAUAAACAGACAUGCACAAAAAAGCACGCACGCACACGUUUAAUUUCCUAUGGACCUUGCCUAAAACAUUCUUUGCAAUGUGGCUACUUUUCUAGAGAAACAUACCCUGUAAUCGAAUAACAGGCAACGCAAAAAUCACCAGCUUUACGUAACAUGGGGAGGUGUGAGUUCAGGCCCAUCUACACUGUAGGCAGAUUUACCCGGUUUAGCAGAACGGAACAAAGAAGUAUUUUGCAUAGGCACUUUAUAAGUUACAUUUGUCAGAAGACGUCAAUGUUAGAACAAGAAGAUAGCUGUUAACGUAAGGUUGUUAUGCAAUAAAGUUUAAAUCAUUUGCACUAUCAUUAAAUAUGUUCUAUUCUAAAAUCAGUUUAAUCCAGAGAUUACCAGACACGUGUUUGAGAGAGAGAGAGAGUGAGAGAGUGAGUGAGAGAGAGAGAGAAAGAGAGAGAGAAUUCAAUAACUAUUUAGUAACAGCUGUUAAGUACAUGCACAGUCAAACAAUAUCUCAUAAAUAUAUGGAAACUCAGCAACUUAGUUUGACAGCUGCACGAUCCACAAUAUUGCACUCUGGUUAAAAUUAAUUUAAACUUGAUUUAGUUACUACAUUGAAGUCAGAGGCAUUGAAUUAUUUUAAGAGCGUUAAACAAAUCAGUCAUCUUGUCAUUUUAAACAUUUUAUCACAAUUCUGGGAUCAACACCUAAGUGUAGACGUUACCCCUUAGACAUAACUCAGCCAAAAUACCAGAUCUUGCAUCACAAAAUAAUCAUCAUGCACAAGUGUCUCUGACGCCAUAGCUGAGAAGGGACAGUCCUGUCAUUUGGGUCAUAGCGCUGCCACAGGAAUACGUUUUUAUUUUAGGAGGGAAAGCUUCAUGCAACUGUUUACUUUGCGUCCCUUUAACCAAAAUGACAAUGCAUCCUUUUACAUGGGCGCCGCCGGGAAUAGAAAUCACAACAGCUCUCGUGGAAACAUGAACUGGCGCUCUGCACUUGUGCUGUGGUGGACUUUAUGCACAAAAAUCACCUCUGGAUGGAAAACCGGUCUUCCUGGAGCGCGCAGGGACGACCCGGUCUCACCGGAGCGCCUCAGUGUGCAAGUGUGACUUGUCCAUCGGAAUCAAAGGCGCCUUUAAAGCGAACUCCCCAUGCAAAGGACCCACGCUGACAGAGCUGUCAAAGAGAACAGAAAUUGGAGGAACCAAAAAAAAAAAAAAACCUGACCCAGAGAGACCACUGCUGGACAGAAGAGGAUAGCGAGGACACUGCUUGCUCUCCACUCACCUGUAAGACAGGAAGUCCAUCUUCAUGCCAGGCGUCAGUCACUGUUUAAAUCCUGUCCCUGAUGAAUGCCUUAAAGACACAACUCACUACAUCUCUGCGCA